GACGCCGUUUAGAUCUUGGCCUUCUUCCACAUUUUCGUUAUCCCUCUUCUAAAUCACUGACGAAAAAAUGCAGCACCAACCAUGAAGCCACACAAACUUCCUUCCUCGACACUCUCACGUGCGUUCUCACGUGCCCUAAGCUCCGGCGCCGCCACCACCGCAUCGCCGCAAUGUGGAUCAGUGUUUCCUUUGAAGACGGUAACCACCGCCAACUUCGAACCCUCGCUGGCGGAGCUCCGGCGCCAUGUCCGGUCGUCGGACUUCGUGGCCAUCGACCUCGAGAUGACGGGCAUCACCAGCGCUCCGUGGCGCGAGUCCUUCGAGUUCGACCGUUCCGACGUUCGCUUCCUCAAGGUCAGAGACUCUGCCAACAAGUUCGCCGUCGUUCAAUUCGGCGUUUGUCCUUUCCGUUGGGAUCCCUCCAAUGGCUCCUUCGUCGCUUAUCCGCAUAAUUUCUAUGUUUUUCCGCGUCAGGAGCUUGCAGGUUUUGGACCAUGUAAUGAAUUUCUCUGCCAGACAACUUCAAUGGAUUUCUUGGCUAAAUACCAGUUUGAUUUUAAUGCAUGCAUACAUGAAGGAAUAUCUUAUUUAUCCAGAGAACAAGAAAGGGAAGCAUUAAGGAGUUUGAAUUCUACAUAUGAUAGUGAGUGGUCAGACAUUUGUAAAUUAAAAGAUGUUAGGGACAUGACAUUGGUCAGCAUGGCAGACAUUUUGUUCAGUGAACGAAUGAAAAACAAAUUGAGUGAAUGGCGUGAUGGGUUAUUACAAGAGCAAAAUCAAGAAGAUCAAAUUCAAGGAAUUUCAAAAGACUCAAAAUUUCAAGUUAUUUUCUUUAAGAUGCAUCCGGCUCUUAGGCUUAAUGGAUUCACCUCUCACCAGCUUAAAUUGAUUCAGUUGGUCAUCAGAAAGCAUUUCAAAGAUCUUUCCUAUGUCAGUGUGAACAGUGAGGCUUCUGGUUCACAACAAGUAGUUGUAUACACAGACUCGAAGGAUGAAUUAAAUGUACUUCUGAAGGAGGUGAAAGAGGAAAACUAUAGGGCAGCAGAGAUGAAGAUCCAAGCUGCAGUGGGAUUUCGCCAUGUUAUUGAUCUCCUUUCAUCAGAGCAGAAGUUGAUAGUUGGUCACAAUUGUUUUCUAGAUAUUGCUCAUGUCUACAGCAAAUUUAUAGGCCCUCUUCCAGGGACUGCUGAAGAGUUUGUUGCCUCUGUUAACAAGUGCUUUCCACACAUUGUUGACACCAAAAUACUCUUUAACACCAAUUGUAUGCUCCAAGAAAGAAUGAAAAGGUCCAGAAAAUCACUGGCCUCUGCAUUUGCUUUGUUUUGUCCACAAAUUGCUUGUGGCUCCAGUAGUAUUGCUCCAGGUUCACUCUUACAUGUGAAAGUUGACGUUGAAGUUGAUGAUUCAAGAUCAUCCAGCUGGAACCCUGGAGGCAAGCAUGAGGCUGGAUACGAUGCUUUCAUGACUGGAUGCGUCUUUGCCCAGUUAUGCAGUGAUUUAGGUAUCGAUUUUAAACUCCAUGAAUCUUCAAAACAAUUAGCCCUCGAUGAGAAACUACAGAAGUACGUUAAUCGUCUUUAUCUUAGUUGGAUGCAUGGGGACAUUAUUGAUCUAAAUACUGGUAAUAAGAUUGCUGAUUCUUCACCGAGCUACAACCUCAAGAGGCGGUACCCUAACAUUGUCUUUGACAACAUUGUUAUUAUUUGGGGAUUUCCUUCCAAGCUAAAGGCAAGUGAAAUAAGACAGUGCAUAUCUGAAGUAUUUGGACGAACUUCUGUAGUUUCUGUCUACCACUUGGAUGCAACAGCAGUGUUCGUUCAGUUUAACAAGGCUGAACUAGUUUCCGAUUUUCUUUUAUUGAAGGACACCUUAGAGAGAAGUGAUGAUGCAAUCUUGGUUUUGCAUCCACUGGCAAAACUUAUGGAAGGUGGAAAUACAUGCGCUGCCAGUUAUGAUACUUAUAAAGAAAUAUGUGUUUCACCCAUAUCAGAAGGUCUGUUUGCUGAUCAGGCAAAGGCUGUUGGAAUAAAGUGGAAGACCAAAUUGACAGAAAUAGAAUACAAAGUAGCAUUGGAAAGCAAAGAACAUGAAAGUCGAAGGGUACUAGGUAAUGUAAAUACAGCGGUGAAGAAUGUAGAAAAUACUAAGCCAAACACAAUUGAUCAGUUGAGUAAUGCUCCAUCCCGUGGGCAAGUCUCAUCUUUUGAGAUUGAAGAUUCUCCUUGUGUUGUAGAAGCCAACAUGUGAUUUCUGACUAAUGAUUUUGUACACCGUCAGCAUGAAAGUAUAAUAUUAUAACAAUAAUUUUUUUUGCAAAGCAACCUAUACCUUGGGGGUGGUAUUGUAUGAAGAUGUAGCAAUCUGAGAUGCAAAUGGCAUGAAUACAACACUGAUACCUCUUAAAAACUUUCAGGUGUUCUUUUUUUUUUUUUUACAUCUAAAAGUCCAUACGUGGAGGCUAUAGGGUCUAGGAAGGAUAAAUGCAUGUAGCCGUAUUCUGGCAUGCGUGGAGGCUAUUUUUAACGUUUGAACUCGUGACUUUCAAAU